AAAUGAAAAAUGAUGUUGAUUGCCAUACAAAAUGUAAUUUAAGGAGUAAGAAACAUUGGACUCAUUAUAAAAUUCCAAGCUCUUUACUUCAAAUUUACAGUGAUGAUUCUAAUUGUAAUUUAAAAUUAGAACUCGACAGUUGUAAGAUAUUGAAACUUCUGAUAAUAUAAUAUAUCAACCUCUGUGUAAAGACUGAGUGGUCCUGGGUUUCCUUGAGAGGAAUAUUAACAGACUAUACUGUUUUGAAUUAAUUAAUUGAUCAGACCUCCGUUGCUGGCUCCAAUUAUGCAAUGAAAUGAACUAAAAACAAAUGGGAAAUAUAAAAUAAUUAUUAUGAGCGUGUGCCUUCUACAUUCCUAAUCGCCGAGCCAGUGCCCGUCAUAAUUCAUAAUCAAACCCCACUCACCAUUGCAAAUCUUUCCCUAUAAAUUGUCUCGAUGAGAGGCGUGUGUCCUCCACAAGCCUUCAUUUCUUAUCAUAUUCUAAUUCUACCUCAUGGCUGCCCCUCAAACCCCUCAACUUUCAUCGCUCGACAAUGUUGAGAUAUUGUCUAUACAUGUCAAUGUCACUGAGAAAAACCAAUCUCAAGAACCUGCCGAUAACGAGUUUGACUACUCUCAGAGAGGACAGUGGCUUCGAGCUGCUGUUUUGGGAGCCAAUGAUGGGUUAGUUUCUGUUGCAUCUCUACUGAUGGGUGUUGGCUCUGUUAAAGAAGACAUCAAAGCCAUGGUUAUUGCUGGUUUCGCAGGAUUGGUUGCCGGCGCCUGCAGCAUGGCGAUCGGAGAGUUUGUGUCUGUAUACACCCAAAGGGAUAUAGAGAUAGCUCAAAUGAAAAGAGAGAAGGACAAGAAAUCGGAGAUCCAUGAAAAUGAGGAAGCAGGUGAGAAGAAGCAGUUGCCCAAUCCAGGACAAGCUGCUGCAGCAUCAGCCUUGGCCUUCUCUGUUGGUGCAGUGCUUCCGCUGUUGGCUGCAGCCUUUAUAAGGGAACAUAAGGUGAGGAUGGCUGUGGUGGUUGUGGUGGCUAGCGUGGCUUUGAUGGUGUUCGGGGUGGUGGGUGCAUUGCUUGGGGGGACUCCAGUGGUGAAGCCCAGCGCCAGGGUGCUUGUUGGAGGAUGGAUGGCCAUGGCUAUUACUUUUGGGCUUACCAAGUUGAUUGGUUCUGAUGCGAUGAAAAAUUGA